AGUAAAAGUGACAUCUGUCAUAGUUUAAAAAAAUUAUAUUUAUUACUACUACGAGGAGUAUAUUUGAAAUAAUUAUAGUGUUUAUAAAACAAGUUAAACGAUUAACAAUUUUACCGGAUUCGCUACAAUACAUUAAAGGCCUAGAUAUCAAAAGAUACAGGUGCAACAAAAACGACCAACCAGAAUAUUCCAGAAACAUCUAAUCAGUUCGGUUUUUUAACACUUAACAGUUGGCAGCAAGUUUUACGAGAAGGUUCGUUCGUUGCUACACGAAAGCGAUCUCGCCUCCUCUCCUACUUCAAGUCAUUCUGAAAUAGCGAUAAUCAAAAAGUGUGCCGGUGCGGUUUCGAAUCGACGAGAAACGCGAAAUAAAUUAAAAUCGCCAUCGAUUCGGUUUCGUACGGUGUUUGUAAGCGAGCGCGAGUAAAAUGGCCGCAAUGUCUGUGAUAGGAAUCGACUUGGGCAACGAAUCGUGCUAUGUCGCGGUCGCGAAGGCCGGGGGCAUCGAGACCAUCGCCAACGAUUACAGCUUAAGGGCCACGCCCUCGUUCGUCGCGUUUUCCGGCAAAAACAGAAUUUUAGGAGUCGCCGCUAAAAAUCAGCAAGUCACCAACAUGAAGAACACCGUCUACGGUCUCAAAAGGCUGUUGGGAAGGAAGUAUCGAGACCCACAUGUUCAGAAAGAAAUACAGUAUUUACCCUACUCUGUAGUGGAAGAAAAGAACGGUUCUAUUGGAAUUAAAGUUAACUAUUUAAACGAAGAACACAAAUUUUCCCCCGAACAAUGCCUAGCUAUGUUAUUGACCAAACUGAAGGACAUAGCGAUGACAGCACUUCAAACACCGAUCAACGAUUGCGUUAUAUCAGUACCUUCGUAUUUCACCAAUAACGAAAGGAAGGCUCUCCUCGACUCCGCUGCCAUAGCAGGUCUCAACACGUUGAGGCUCUUCAACGAAACCACUGCGACAGCCCUAACGUACGGGAUCUACAAACAAGAUCUUCCUGGUCCCGACGAUAAGCCUCGGAAUGUAAUCUUCGUGGAUUGCGGACAGGCAUCGAUACAAGUGUCUGCGUGCGCUUUCAACAAAGGCAAGCUGAAGAUGCUGACGACGUCGUCUGAUCCGAAUCUGGGCGGUAGGGAUUUCGAUCUGAUGAUUGCCGAGCAAUUUUGCAAGGAGUUCCAGACGAAGUACAACAUCGAUGCCAGGAACAACGCGAGGGCUUUCAUGCGAUUGUUGACCGAGGUGGAGAAAUUGAAGAAGCAAAUGUCGGCCAAUUCCACCACGUUGCCGUUGAACAUCGAAUGCUUCAUGAACGACAAAGACGUCUCGAGUAGUAUGAAACGAUCUGAUAUGGAACAGUUGUGCGCUCACUUGCUGGACCGAGUCGAGUGUUGUCUGAAACAAUGUUUGAAUAAUUCAGGUUUAAGUCUGGACGAUAUUCACUCGGUCGAAAUCGUCGGCGGAGCCAGCAGGGUGCCCGCUAUAAAAAGUCUCAUCGAGAAAGUGUUUCGUAAGACGGCCAGCACGACUUUGAAUCAAGACGAGGCCGUUGCUCGCGGUUGCGCACUGCAAUGCGCUAUGCUUUCGCCCGCUGUGAGAGUUAGAGAAUUUAAUGUCACCGAUGUACAGGUUUAUCCCAUAUCGGUAGCUUGGGAUUCGAGUCCCGGAGGCGAUCCGGCCGGCGAAGUGGAGGCUUUUCCUUUGAACCAUCCGGUGCCGUUUUCGAAAAUGUUGACGUUCUACCGACCGGAGCCGUUUUCGAUCAAAGCCAAAUACACGGAUGCCGUACCCUAUCCGGAUCGCGAUAUCGGUACUUGGAUCGUGAAAGACGUUCGUCCGAACGCCGAGGGCAAACCGCAAAAGGUGAAGGUUAAGCUUCGAGUGAACCUGCACGGCAUCAUGACGAUUUCGUCGGCGAGCAUGUACGAAGCGAAGGAAUCGCCCGAAUCCGAGGUACCGGAGGAUCAACAGCAAUCGCCGAAGGAGGCGAACGCCAACGCCAACGCCGAUCAGAAAGCCGAUCAGCAAACGCCCAACGAAGGCGGUGAGAUUCCCAUGGAGACGAACGCCGCCAACGCAGGUGCUGCUCCUGAGGUAGGCUCCGGCACCAGCUGGACGAAGAAAAUAUCUGCCUGGUUCAGCGGGGAGGGAAACGACAAGAAAAAGAAGCAAACUGUAAAGAGCAUCGAGUUACCAAUCGAAUCGUUGACGAACGGUUUUUCGCAAGUCGAAUUGAAUCAUUUCACGGAGCAAGAAUUUAAAAUGAUCGCCUCCGAUCGACAGGAAAAGGAGCGCGCCGACGCCAGAAACGCCUUCGAGGAAUAUGUAUACGAACUGCGUAAUAAGGUUAGCUCCGACGAUGAACUUGCUGCUUUUAUAUUGGAGAACGACCGAGCAGCUUUGGUAGCCCAAUUGGACGAUAUGGAGAAUUGGCUGUACGAAGAAGGUGAAGAUUGCAACAAGCAAGUUUACAUAGACAAAUUAACGCAAUUGAAAUCUAUCGGUGAACCGGUCCAAACUAGAAAAAUCGAAUUCGAACUUAGGCCUGUUAUUAUAGAAGACUUUGCGAAGUCACUGCAGCUUUGUACGAAAGCUUUAGAAUUGAUUAAAUCGAAGGAUCCCAAAUACGCGCAUUUAACUGAAUCUGAUUUGAAGAAAGUAGAAGAAGCAUUUCAACAUUCUUACCAGUGGUUGGAAGAGAGCAGAAUGAAACUGAAUGCUGCUGCUAAACAUCUUCCGCCGCCCGUAACUGUGGCGCAAAUCAGGCAAGAGAAGACGACGUUUGAAAAUACCGUUAAUGUGAUUCUAAAUAAGCCGCCGCCGAAGGCCCCGUCACCGCCUAAAGAGGAGAAAGCGGGGGCGGAUCAACAGGCGAAUUCACAAGAACAAAAUCAAUCGGAAACGAAGAAGGACGAGAAAAUGGAAUGGUCUGCGAAUUAGAAUUAAUUUUUUUUUGUUUUGUAAUUAAACACCUAAGAUUGAUUGUAACAAAUUCUUAAAUUAUGCUUAAUAUACCAGGUAUUUAAACAUUUAAUUGUUUUUAAUUGUUAAAAAAACUAUGAUAGUUGUAUGGUAACGAUGCGCUACAUACACAACAUUAUUAAUAGCUGUAUUGAUUACUUUAAUUAACGCUAAUUUUGUGUGAGUUUGGAACAUUCCUAAAAAAAGUUGGAAGACAUUAUUUACAGAAUUAAAAAGCUUUUUGUUUUAAUUUCAACUUUAUGCACAUUGCAUACUUUUCACUAUUAGCUGUACUUAAAUGUUACGACUUGAAGUUAAGUUGUAUUAAUGCAUUUCUAAUUUUCGUUAUUUGUCAUGUUAACUAAAUUAAAUAAACGUUUUUCAA